AUGCCAGCCAUUCGAGCUUGGUCCUAUAUUGAGAAAGGGUUCCAGUACAGCGUGCUGUUUUACACCUCGAGUAUUUCCGUCGACAACUCUGCAGAAGAAAAUUUCAUACUAAGAGAGCUCAAAGUCGAUGAAGAUGGGUCCAGAAGAGCCGAACGGUUCAGAUGGUCAGUUCAGCGUGAUGGGGUCGUGGUCGCCUCUCGUUUCGUGGAUAUUGACCGACUUUCCGGUCGAGUCUGUGGAGGUGAUAUGGCCUUCACUAGUGAGACAACGUCGAUUAUCGACGAGAACUUGGAUAUCUUUAUUUCAUUCGGAUUCUACGAGGCCCCCAGCGUCAAAUGGUAUGGUCUGCCUGCAGAAUGUCUCUGCUAUGUCACAGUUUCUCGACUUGGAACUCGAUGGAUGGGCCGGGCGGCACCAGUCGGUGAACCACAGGCGCAGAAGAGCUUCUCUCGCUUUGUACUGCCAGCUCCGCACGACUGUGGCAUGAAUACGAUGCGCAACUGCGAAGCCCUGAUCAAGCAGAUGAGCCCAACAGCGGUUGUCGAUAUCCUCGAGACGGCUGGUUGGACGACUUGGAUAACGCUGCUACAAGGGCUUGGAGAGCUCUUCAAGGCUACCAUCGCCUACGAUGCCGUAUACAACGUAUCGGUCACACAAAAGGAUACAUUCAUGGACAUGCUGGAAGCUGGAGCACGAUAUUUCGAGUUCAGGCCGGCCAAGAACUCGACACUUUUUCGGACCUUAAGCACUGGGUCGCAGUACGUCGGCCUUCCUGAUCGAUGGUACUUCCAGCACGCUCUUUUUCCCGGCGACCACCUUGAAAACUUCCUCGACCAAGUGAUCGCAUUCCUAGACGACAACCAAACCGAAAUUGUUGUACUCCAUCUCAGGUGGGACAAUGUGCACUCUACCUGCCUUAAGCCUUCGGGAAAAGAGAUAGAAGGGCUUAUUGACGCAGCGCUCAAGCGGUCGAGAACAGGUAUUAAGAGGGGUUGUCUUGCUGAUAGUGCACGGCCAAUUGAUGAUCUACGCAGCAGGAAUAUGCGGCAUCUCGUUGCAAUAGAAGCGGCGAAGUACGACAGCUAUACUUCACAAGCAUAUCAAACCUUGACGAGUGAUACGAUCGUGAACGCUUUCGAGUCUAUGAGUCAUACUGAACAGCUCGACACAGACUUGACCGUGAUGCAGUGCCAAGGUACUCCCCAGGGCAAGGCAGAGGUUCUUCUGUCGACUAUAGGAAGCUCACCUUCCAACUCACCACUCCUGGCUACCAAAGCAAUGUUUGACCCUGUUACGCUUGGCUGGUUGAGUCAGAAAUCAAACAUCGAACGGUUUGACCCAGACAAGCUAAUGAUAGUCAUGAAUGAUUUCAUUGAGGUGCGACCCUUUCCCACAGUCGUGCAGCACAAUGAACUGACCAAACUGAAGGGAGCCACGGUCUCGACAGCCAUUGAUAUGAGCUUGGUGCGCUUUGGCAUGGAACCAUUUCCUUGA